AUUUAAAGGCAUCUGCUCGGCAUACUCAUCCACCGCUCAUUUCUUUCCCAUCAAAUCUAUAGCAAUUAGCAAGAACUUUUUGCUUAUCCGGCCAUCAAAAACCAUGGCAAACGUUUCAGAAUUUGUCUCCAGGUUGUCAAUGAAAGUAGCAGUUGUCACUGGUGGAGCUCAAGGAAUCGGUGAGGCAACGACAAGACUAUUCAUAAAACAUGGAGCCAAAGUCGUGAUUGCUGAUAUCCAAGACGACUUAGGGCAAGCAGUUUGUAAAGAUAUUGGUCUUGACAGCGCUAUGUUUGUCCAUUGUGACGUGACUGUUGAAUCAGAUGUUGAAAAUGUCAUUAACAUCACACUUGCCAAAUAUGGUAGGUUGGACAUAAUGGUCAACAAUGCAGCCAUUGUAGAUGAUGGAAAACUCAGUAUUCUUGAUAAUGAUAUGUUAGAUUUUGAAAGGGUUAUGAGAGUAAACGUUACUGGUGUGUUCCUAGGCACCAAGCAAGCAGCUCGAGCCAUGAUCCCAGCUCGUAGAGGUAGCAUUAUUAUGUUGGGAAGUGUGUCUGGGAGCAUUGGAGGAAUCAUUUCUCAUGCUUAUUCGAGUUCAAAACAUGCGCUUGUGGGUCUCACUAAGAAUACAGCUGCCGAGCUUGGCCAAUAUGGGAUUCGUGUUAAUUGCUUAUCACCUCAUUUUAUCCCUUCACCUAUGGCUACAAAUUAUGUACAAGAUCACCCUGAUAAAUACUCCAAAGUUUAUACAAACCUCAAAGGGAUCUUGCUGCGUAUAGAAGAUGUGGCAGAAGCUGCUCUUUUUCUAGCAAGCGAUGAGGCCCGGUACAUGAGCGGGCAUAAUCUAGUACUUGAUGGAGUUUUUGCAGGCAGAGUACCAUCAUACACCAACAUUGUGACCAACAUCAGUUAUGCAAUUGUUUGUUCUUGCACAAUCUCUUCAUUUCAUUUUGCGGAUUCCCACAUUCUCACGGUAGUAGUAGAAGCACUAGAAAUUGAAGCUCUUGAUUUUUAUGUGAGGCGAAGUCCAGUGCCUAAUGCAUAUACUUUAGCUAUUAAUGGUAAAAACCCAUUUGUUGUUGUUCAUACAAGCCUUGUGGAGCUUCUUUCAAGAAAAGGGGAGUUUGGUUUUUGUUAA